AUGACAGACUGUCCAGCAACAUUUAGCGCCGGUGACUACGAGAUGACUCAACAAUAUAACAAGGACGAUUCGAAGGUGUAUAUUAGAGUAAAGUUGACCGAUUCGGCUUACCGCGCCAUCGAAGAGUAUCAACAUUAUUCCAACACAAAUCACUUUACAAACGAGCAGAAUCCAAAAAUGAAAAUGAACGGUAAUACCGGCAUAAUCAGCAUACCCACAUUUGGCAGUGAAGCAGGCGUCAAUUUUGGGUUCUCAUUGGAUGCGGUUCAAGGAUCGAUGGAGGCUGUACAGCAGACCGCCGAAGGUCUUAGCAGCCUCGGCCCCAUUACUCACAGUAUGCGUAUUCAUGCUAACGAAGAUGUUUUUGCUGAAACACGCACAAAAAUGGCUAUGUCGGAGGAGUCGGAGCGCAGCAAAUGCACAAAAGUGAUUAAACCAAACACAAGUGAGAUCGGUCGCAAAGUGGAGAAGCCAGUGGCGACUUUAUCGGCUCAGCAGGUGGCACACAACCAGGAUCGCAAUAAGGCGUGCCCUGCACUCGGUGUUACGGAAAGGAGCAAAGAUGUGCAUAAUGUUAAAACUAACGAAGCUGACUUUGUACGACCGGUGAGCAAACCAGCGAAUGUGGAUACGAGAUUUGAACAUAAUAGACAUGGCAGCGCUUCAUCGAAACGUAAUGGUAAAUCCUCUCAUAAACGCGAUAGUAAGGGUAGUACAUUCUCUUCACUACCCCUUCUAACGAGCCCCUCAAAACCAUCAUCCACGCUGACGAACGGGAGUCAUCGGGAGCGCAAUAUUGCGAGUAAUACAUUAUCUUCACUUCCUCUUCUCACGACACCUUCAAAUCCAUCUACCCAGCUGACGAAUGGGAAACAUCGGGAAAUCAAUACGAUAACACCUUCAAAACCAUCUUCCCACCUGACUAAUGGAAAUGUUAUUUCAAGUAACAAUGUAUCUGCCAGACUGACAGCACCCGAUUUUGUUCGUCCGCUGACCAAGCCAAGGGAUAUAGAUCCGAAAUUGGAUCACAAAAGACAUAGCAGUACUUCGUCGAAAAGCAAGGGUAAAUCCUCUCAUCCCCGCGAUAGUAUGAGUAAUACAUUGACUUCGUUACCGCUUCUAACGACAUCCUCAAAGUCAUCUUCUACCCUUCCGAAUGAAAAUUCUGUGGUUAAGGAAAAUGACAAUGAAGUAAAAUCCAAACAGCCUACUGGCGCCAAGGCUAAAUCUGCGCAAUCGAAAGCUGUGGACACUAAAAGCGGUAAAAAAUCGAAAGCUAAGAGCAAGCAACCCGAUAUAACUCGUUGUAAAAUAAAGGAACGUGUCAUACAAAUGUUGGCUAUUAAGCCCUAUAAGAAGCUUGAACUUUAUACUCGUCUGCAAAACGAGGGCUUACGUGAUACUGAGCGCCAAGCCAUUAGUACCAUAUUGCGUGAGAUAGCGUUCUUACGCGACAACGCUUUCAAUUUGCGACGUCACAUAUGGAAUAUGGUAAAGGAAGACUGGCCAUUUUAUAAUGAAGCGGAACUACAGCAGCUAAAAGAGAAUAAGCCUAAAGACUUGACGCCACCAAUAAGUUCAGAUACAGCUAGCCCACCUUUAUUGAGCUCGCCCAGUCCACCACAAGUGACCCUAAACAGUGACUUUAAUUACGGCAACAGUUUGAAGCGCCCUGGCGAAGUCUAUCAAAAUCCGGUGCCAUCCAAAAAACAACGCAUAAGUCAUGUAAAGACAAAAAAUCAUGUGGGUAAUCACAAGAGCCCAACCAGCGAAAAUAUUUUAGUAUAUAAUAGAAAAGCAGAGGCUGUGGAAGGUAAUAAGGUGUUCAAUGGUACACAAAUUACCGCCAAUUGUGUCAAUCAAAAGAAUUGUGGGAAUACCAGCAGCGCUCCUUCUGAUCUGACCACCGAACGUGUGAGUGAAGACAAGAACACCAGCGGAAAAAGCAAAGACCGUAAGUCUAAGAAAUCUUCGGCUCCUGAAUUCAAUAAGCAGCCGGCCGAGAUUGUGAGCACGGAUAAAAAAAGCAGUAGUAGCAAACGCAGGUCAAGUAAGCCAAAGGGUGGUACCAGGAGCGAAGCCGUGGGUACUGAUCAAAACAAAGAGAACUCAGCAGCUCUUGUUGCCGUUAAUCAGCCAGCUGACACUGUGAGUGGCUACAAGAAAAGCAGCAGCAGAAACAAGGCGGAUAAGUACCAGAAAUCGUCAGCUUCUGUUUCUGAAAAUCAACCGGUCAUAAGCGCCGGUAAGAGAAGCAACAAAAAUAAGGCAAGUAAUUCUAAGAAUGGCAAAGAGAGCAACACAAUUAAUACUGAUACCGCAAAGCCACAAGAAGAUAGUCGGUCAAAGCUCAGUAAAAAUAGGGAAACAACGCAAAAAAGCAAAUGUAAUAAUAAGGUUGACCUACCAGCGAGCUCCAGAAAACAGACAUCAAAACCACAGAUGACUGUGCCACCAUUCACGAAUUACAAACUUAAAACUCCGAAGGAAGUAGAACAACAGAGUUCUCGAACCGUGAAGCCACAGCAGCAAAUCACACUACAAGAGCCAGUAGCGCACCAUUCCGCCACAAAUAAAAGCCUUGAAGCUAGCAAGCAUAGAGAGCAACAUAGUUCUCAACACAUUGUGCCACAACAGCGGCUCCAGCAGCAAUACACAUCUCAAGAACCCACAGCACGCCGGUACGGUCCAAGUGAUACACUUAAUGCUCAUAGGAAUUCAGAACAAGAGCGUUUUCGACACGUGGAGCCACCACAACGAGUCCAAGAGCAAAUCAGAUCGCAAGAACCUAUAGCGCAGCAUUCCACUAUGACUGACGCACACAUUGCUGAGCCACAAAGCCGCUUUGAUUUCAGCGCGUAUACUCCGAUCACAUGCGUUGAACAGCGACGCCUUUACAAAGCCGAAUUCGAAAGUCACUUCGAGGAAUACGACCAGCUGUCAAAGAGUGUCGAACAAGUGCGCCGUGACUUUCACUUAUUAGUACAACAAUUAGAGCAACUGCCACCAGGCAGUCCCGUCUAUCAACAUAUUCAACAACAGAUUGAGAUGGAAUACGAGCGGCUAAAUAGUGCGGAGCAGAAACAACGGAAACUAAGGUUUGACUACCUGGAAGCCAAAUUAGCGUACAUAACGCAGCUUGUAAACGAUUACGAUCAGAAGUUAAAGGCUGAAUCGGCUGCAAUUGACGCGGCUGUGCUACAACACCAGGUUCUUCAACAGCAGCAACAAAUGUUACCAAUAACACCGAUUGAGGAGCCGAAAGAGAUAUACUCGUACGCUAUGAAUGGCAGCAGCCAUGUGCUGACCGCACCAGCCCACCCAAGCAACGGACACGUCGCAGUCUCAAUGGAGACCGUUGUAGAGAACGAAGUUGAAGUUGCUCUACCGCCAUCACAACUAUCGACAUACAAUACACAACAGAACACAACGAAUGAGGUGGUAUGGCAUCAAGAGACGCAGCAGCAAAAUAGCGUUGUGAUCUCAAACACAAAAUUAUCAUCAUGUGGCUCACAAUUCAUUCCACAACAAACGCACCACCAAAAAAAUGGUCACCAAGAAAGUGGUCACCAUAAGGAUAGUGAUUUAUCAGAUUCAGACGAUUCGUCCAACUCUAGUGAAGAAGAACUAGCGUCUUUUCACGACACACAAUUCAUUCCACAACAACCGCAGUACCAACAAAAGUAUCAUCAAAAUAACCAGCAGCAUGAUGAUCAAAAUUUAUCAGAUUCGGAUGACUCGUCCGACUCUAGUGAUAGCUCAAAUUCAGAACUAUCGUCUUUUCAACGCUCACAAUUCAUGCCACAACAACCCCAGCGUCAAGGAAGAGGAUACCAAAAUAACCAGAUGAAUGAGAAUGAUUUAUCAAGUUCUGACGAUUCGUCCGAUUCUAGCUCGAGUGAAUCAGAAGACUCUGACUCAGAUAAUGAUGCCGAGUGA